AUGCAAUUUAUAUAUUAUCUGAAAUCAUGUACUUUUUAUACAAAAAUUAUUUGCUGUUCUAAAUUUUAAAUAAGUAUUAGGAAUGUUAGUUAAUUAAAUAAUUAUUUUGAAACUAAAAACAAUGGUGAAUCAUAAAAGUUUUUUGAAUCAGAAAAAUCCUAAACCCAUUUAAGGCAUACUACUGUCUCAGUCAAAUUUAUAAUCUAAAGGUACAAGAAUCAUUUUAGAGGGUAAAAUUUUAAGGAUUUAAUUUUUAUAACUUUUUUUCAUAUUUAUCACUCAAAGUAACCUAAUAUCUUCAUCUUCACUUCUAAAUAAAUAAAAGCAGAAUUGAUUAAUUAAUCACCUUAUUUAUUUAGAGAUUUUGAUAUUCAUGUUACUUAGAAUAAUCUCUUUUGUGAAUUUUUGCAAAUAGGUGUGUAAUUUUAGACUAAUAUCUCAAAAUAAUGUUCAAUUUAAUUUAAUUUAAAUUCACUCUUAUAAAAUUAAAUAGAUAAACAACGCAAUAAGAUAUGA